UUACUAGGUGAGGUUAUUAGUUAAUUAAAGUGUAAUCCGCAGGCUUUAGAGAUUAACUGGUGAGCGGCCCCUUUAAGGCCAGCGGGUGACGUCAGCGCCUCAGUUUACUUGCUUUGUUUGUCCGGAGCUGUUUGGGCUUCAGACCAACAGCGAACAGACGACCAGAAGCGCUCGGCUGAAACCUUUUCUGCGGGACCGAGCUGAGCUGCGAGCGGCCGAGCUGCGCAUUAACGAAGUAGUGACCGUGUAACAACACUGACAGAGAUGCCGUCCGACAGACCCUUCAAACAAAGGAGGACAUUUGCUGACCGAUGCAAAGAGGUCCAGCAGAUCCGCGAGCAGCACCCCAACAAGAUCCCCGUCAUCAUUGAGAGGUACAAGGGAGAGAAGCAGCUGCCCGUGUUGGACAAGACCAAGUUCCUGGUUCCUGACCACGUCAACAUGAGCGAGCUGGUCAAGAUCAUCAGACGCCGGCUGCAGCUGAACCCCACGCAGGCCUUCUUCCUGCUGGUCAACCAGCACAGCAUGGUGUCGGUGUCCACACCCAUCUCUGAGAUCUACGAGCAGGAGAGAGACGAGGACGGCUUCCUCUACAUGGUCUACGCCUCGCAGGAGACCUUCGGCUGCUAGGGAGCUGGAGGGGGAGGGAGAGCGGGACAUCUUCAGGUGCUGGGAGGACAGGGACGGGGACGGGGACAGGGUGGGGGGGUGGGGGGCAAACUGUGUCAGAACCGACCAGAACUCCACAACCGUCUCCACAUUUGUUGCAUUGCAGGCCUGCGUAGCAGCAGUCAGCCAGUCGACCCUCUCUCUCUCUGUCGUAGUCCAGCGCCGUCUUCUUAUUGGUCAGUAAGUACAACACUAGCUACAAAAAAGCCAGAAGACGUCCUGUGCGUCUUCACAGCCCUCAGAGUUCAGAGUCAAACCUGCGAUAUCUCUUAAGUGUUUCAUGUUUCACGCUCUCGUUCUUUUGUUCUACACAUACUCUUAUUUUGAAAAGGUGGGACAAAUCAACCAAUAGACUUCAGAAUCUGCAAGUAAAAUUGAUCCUUAAGACUACAAACGUAUUUGACACUUGAAAGCAGGCAGUCACUGGGAGGUCAGUCAGGUCGGGACAUCAGUCACUGAAAACACGUUUCGCUUCCUGACUCUUCGGUGAUUUGACUGCGUCGCUUUGUAUCGUCAUGGCAACAGCAGUAGUACAAGCUAGAAGAUCGUAGUGAUUAUUUACCUCUAAGCUCACGUUUUAGUUUUUUAAUUGUUGUCUUCUGUUUGAGGUAUGAACUGUAGUUUAGUUUGUGUUUAUAGCUACUUCUUAGUUUGUUUUAAUCAUUUUACCGUCAGCCUGAAGCUCAACCUGCCAACUCGCUGCUGGCUACCGAGUAGCUGACAAUCAGGCUCAACAUGACUGCAACACUCAAGUCAGUAAGGUUUGACACACGCCAUCUUUGUCCUCUCACGCCCUCAAAGACACUCGCCUGUUAGCAUUAGCCACGCGCUGCUACAUCCUGUCAGGCAGGAUGCUAACAGACUCCGUUAGCUCAACACACCUGUAGUGUCACCACUCACCUGUCUUCCUGCACAUUUCAUCACACGUACGUGUAGCGUCAUAAAGUGUCAGGUGGGUUAAAGUCCUGGCCAGUAGUUUUUAGACGGCAGAAACGCGAGGGAUGCCUGCUUGCUUUCAAAAAAACAACAAAAAUCAGUGAAUGUUGACACUGCGGGUCAGGACGCGAGGGGGCGCCGUCUGCCCCGAGGCCAGCAGCCACGCAAUGUUAGGAUUUGAUUUGGACAGCGCAGUGAAAUGUCAAUAAAGUUAUCCCAGUUUGUAUGCUGAGCCGAGCCCAGUGUGGGAGCCAGGAAGUAAUCCGAUCCCCGAGAGGCUUCAGCGCGACGACGGCGCCUCCUCCUGGUAGCUUAGAGUUGAGCAUUAGACAAAACAAAAUGUAUUUAAUGUCAGAAAUGAAUGAGCUUCUUUUGCACAUAAAUUAAUACGAAUAUAAAAGAGUUGGCAUAGAGUUUUUUUAGGAAUUAUCUCUUCUUUUUGUAUCUACUCUACUCUUCUGUAUGUUCGUCAGUCUGCCUUCGUUUGAUGACACUAAAAAGGUUGUGAUGCACUACAAACGUUGCAUGUUUUGACUUUUUUUUAUAAAUGUAUAUUGAUUUUACGCAGUAGAUAUUAACUGUACUGUCUGUUAAGGAAAAGAGUCUUUUUAGAUGUUUCCCAAACCAAAAACUGAAAACACGUGUAUGUUUGAAACAAGUAAAAAAGUGUGCGUAUAAACGAUCAUAUACUCGAGCUGUUAUGGUAAGUGUGUUUUUAUUUGGGCUUUCUGACCUUGUCGCUGUUCACACGGUGUACAUAGACGCGUUGCUACAAACUUAUUCAAAGCAUUUGCCAAUAAAUAAGAAAAGUUGCCUUUGAAA